AUGCGUCUCCGCCUCCCCAUCCGCCGAAUAAUCUCCCUCCGCCCUCUCCGCCCGCCCAAUGCUCCUCGUCCAUUCACGCAAAACACCCUCCCGCCACGCUCCGCCCGCCCCCAGCUGCCCUUCCUCUCCUCGCCCACCCGCCGCCCACCGGCCCGCUUCCUGACCACAGAGCGCAAGGCCUGGCUCAAAGAUGAGUUCUACAAGGCCGGCAAGUACACCAUCGUGAUCCAGACGGGUCUCUUCCUCUUCUCCGUCAUCGUCUUCGGGCUCCAGCAGGAGUAUCUGAACCACCGGUUCCCCAGCCCCGAGGAGUGGUCCUGGCUCACGCGGUUCGGUUGGCGGAACGCGAGGUCCGGCGAGGACGACGAUAGGGGCGUGGGCAUCGUCGAUUGGGCGCUGACGGGCCGCACGUACCGCUGGAUCCUCCAGCGGCUGGAGGACCCUGACAUCGAUGGCGCGGGGCUGAGGACUACGGACGAAGGGGGGAUUUUGGUGGCGGGCAUCGGCAAGAUGGGCUACGACGUCACGGGGAAGUCGGAGCCGUGGAGGAGAGGGUACUAUGAGUGCUUGAUGGGCGCGGCGCGCGCUGCGGAGUAUCUGGAUGGGCAUGUGCGGGACAAGACGAGGGGGAUCGCGUUUCCGGCGAAUGUGGUCAUUGGGCCUUCGAAUCCGAACCCGAGACCCGUGUCCCCCUUUUCGCAUAGUGCGCCGAAGGAGGAGGACUGUGAAGAGGCGUUUGAGAAGCCCGAGGUGUAUUAUAUGCGGAUAUUGACCACACAGGGCUUUACGGACAGGCAGAGGAUCGAUGCAGCAUUGGCUUACGCGGUGUGGUUGGAUUACAAGAACACUCCGCAGGCGGCGUGGGAGAUGCAUAAAUGGGCAGUGGAUAUCGCGAAUGCGAGCGCGCAGACACCGAAACCGAUCAUCGAUCCUGAAACUGGAGUAAUCAGGACUGACGCCGGGGCACCGAGUGCGAACAUCCUGUCCGUGGCUACAGCUCUAGGGAUCCACCAUGCAGUAAACUCUAACCUCACGCUCGCCCUGCCGAUAUUUGUCUCUGUAUUGCGGGCCAGGAGAUCACUCCCAGAGGUUCGAGGAACGACGCGGGUGGCCCCAGCACCGGACACCGCAGAAGAAGAAACCCUGUACCAAAAGAUCGCAGCUACGGCUCGCUCCAUACUAAUACCUCCCAAAUUCCCGCCCCCACCCGACGACGGCACCGCUCCCCCGUUUCGCACACCCAAAGAGCGCUGCGAAGAGGCAGGCGUAAUGACCUACAUCGGGGAGAUCCUCUACGCGUCCAAAGCCAGCAAGACGAGCCGCGAAGACGGCCUAGCCUGGACUCGGGAGGCCGUCGACCUCGCGGAAGAAGAACUGCGCGAGAAGAGCGUGGAUGGGGACGCCCGGCGGAUAUGCAAAGAGUGUCUCGAGACCGGACUCGGCAAUUGGAUGGCGAUGGUGAGCAAGUUGGCGAGAGAAGAGGAGGAAGGCAAAAAGACCGAGAAAAGGAAGAAGAGUGCAAGCGGAUGGUUGGGUCUUGGGGGUGGCGAGGGCAAGGAUACGGCUGGGCGGUGGGAGAGCGAGGAGAAGGUCGUUGUUGAGCGGCUGCGGAGGGCGAAGGAUAUUCUUGACGCUGAGACCGUGGGGCGGUAG